UUUCGACUUAAAUGUUUUUUAUGAACGUGACGUCAUUAAUAUUUAUUAUUUUAAUCUAAAAAGAUGAACAUUUAUUUAUUUAUUUAUUUCAUGUUUACAAAAGUCUUUGUAUUAAAGCCGCACUGUGUCACUUUUCCGUCGGACGCUCGUCUCCGUGGAGAUGUUAUUGAUUUGUCUGGAAUGUUCCGUCGUGUGGCUUUAAACGACGCUGAUGCAGACUGAACCGGAGCGAGAGCCGGGUCAGUUUCAGGUGAAAAUGGACGAGGAGCCGGAACGAACGAAACGCUGGGAGGGCGGCUACGAGAGGACCUGGGAGGUGUUGAAGGAGGAUGAGUCUGGUUCUCUCAAAGCUUCAGUGGAAGAAAUCCUGUUUCAGAACAAACGCAAACGGGUGAUCGAGAAUCAUGGACAAGUCCGUCUGGGAAUGAUGCGUCACUUGUUUGUGGUGGUGGACUGUUCCAGGAGCAUGGAGGACCAGGACCUCAAACCCACAAGACUCACCUGCACUCUGAAGCUUCUGGAAAAGUUUGUGGAGGAGUAUUUCGACCAGAAUCCAAUCAGCCAGUUGGGAAUCAUCACGACCAAGAACAAACGGGCCGAGAAGCUCACGGACCUGUCAGGAAACCCGUCCAAACACGUGUUUGCUCUGAGGAAGGCGGCGGACGGCGUCUGUCUGGGAGAACCAUCUCUCUACAACGCCCUGAACCUCGCCGCCGCCACACUCAGGCACAUGCCUGGACACACGAGCAGAGAGGUCCUGAUCGUCAUGAGCAGCUUGACCACGUGUGACCCGAGCAACAUCUACGACCUCAUCAAGACCCUGAAGUCCCUGCGUGUGCGUGUGUCUGUGGUGGGUCUGUGUGCCGAGGUCCGUGUGUGUUCGGUUCUGACCCGUGAGACCGGAGGUCGGUACCACGUGAUCCUGGACGAGGGACACUUCAAAGAACUGCUCCUGAUGCACGUGACUCCGCCCCCGAGCGCCGCCGCCGCCGACUGCUCGCUCAUACGCAUGGGUUUCCCUCAGCACACAGUUGUGUCUCUGAACGACCCGGACGCCAAACCUUCGUUCAGUUCAGCUCACCUGGAGAGCAGCGCCGGUCCAGGUCCGGGUUCGGGUUCUGGUCCGGGUCCUGGUUCCGGUCCGGGUCCAGGUCCGGGUCUCUCUCUGGGCGGGUACUUCUGUCCUCAGUGUAACGCCAAAUACACCGAGCUCCCGGUCGAGUGUAAAGUCUGUGGUACAACUCCAUUUCACUUUUUCUUCUUCGUGUUCUGACCCGUGUUCUGGACGUUCUGACCCGUGU